ACCACAAAGCGGGAGCGCCGCCUGGCCUCCUCCGCGCUCACUUCCGCCCGGGUGUGCGGAACAUCCGAGUUCCUUCGGAGGCGGCGGGCGCUGGCCAGGCACUUCCGGUGUCUGUUGCCUUGGCGCCGGCCACCGGGCCGAGAGGGCGACAUAUUUGUUUUGGCGCCGUCCUCUCCCUCCACGCCCCCGCCCCCGCCCCCGGGGGCGAGAUGUCGGGGCUCAGCCACGUCGAGACCGAGGGCUGUCGUGACCUGCUCGGCCUUCUGGACAGUGACGAGAUCAUGGCCCUGUGCGACACCGUCACCAGCCGCCUGGUGCAGCCCGAGGACCGCCAAGAUGCUAUUCGUGCAAUAUUAAUGUAUAGUCAAAGCGCAGAGGAACUUCUGAGGCGUAAAAAAGUCCACCGAGAAAUAAUAUUUAAGUACUUGGCAACACAGGGGGUUGUUAUACCUCCAGCUACUGAGAAACAUAAUCUUAUUCAGCAUGCAAAAGAUUACUGGAAAAGGCAAUCGCAACUGAAACUGAAGGAAACGCCAGAACCACUAAAGCUGAAGGAAACAUCAGAACCAGUUGCAAAGUCUGAGGAUAUCCAGCUCUUUGAACAGCAGGAAAAAGAAGAUAAAAAACCUCAAAAAAUUGAUUUUCGUCGCUUAGGAGAAGAAUUCUGUCAUUGGUUCUUUGAACUCCUUAAUUCUCAGAAUCCUUUUAUGGGACCACCUCAAGAUGAGUGGGGGCCACAGCACUUCUGGCAUGAUGUCAAGCUUAGGUUUUAUUACAACACCUCAGAACAAAAUGUAAUAGACUACCAAGGAGCGGAAAUUGUGAGCCUUCGUUUGCUGUCAUUAGUAAAAGAAGAGUUUCUUUUUCUCAGCCCCAAUCUAGAUUCCCAUGGACUGAAGUGUGCUUCUUCUCCCCAUGGAUUAGUUAUGGUUGGAGUUGCUGGAACUGUCCACCGAGGAAAUACUUGUUUGGGCAUAUUUGAACAAAUCUUUGGACUUAUCCGCUCUCCUUUUGUGGAAAAUACUUGGAAAAUCAAAUUUAUCAACCUGAGAAUUGUUGGAGAAAGUUCCCUUGCUCCUGGAGCAUCGUUGAAGCCAGCAGUUACAUUUGAACAGAGUGACCUGGAGGCCUUUUAUAAUGUGAUCUCCUUGUGUGCUAAUGAAGAAGACAAGCAUAAUGUAAGGCAGGUAUUGGAUAGUGGAACUGGAGACCAGGUUUUAUGUAGUGGUAAUGAGGCCUUGGUGAACAAAACAGAACUGAGUUUGCCUGAUCCUCUAAAGCAUUAAGCACAUAUGUCAGCCUAAAAUGUCUCUCCAGAAACAUUUCCAAAUGUUUACAUCAUUACAUCAGUAGUUUCUAAGUGCUUUCAGAUGUGAGGAUUGACAUUUUAGUUGGAAUACCUUUUUUGGGCUACAAACUGAUGUGAAUGCUUGCCUCUUUCUACUGAGUUCAGCAAAUGUUCUGAGAACUUACUGCAGUUCACCAAAUAAAUCCCAUUUUAGAUGUUGAAACUAGAAACCAGGUAAUAUUUUUGUUUUAUUUAGUGAAUGUUUUACUAAUGUAUAUUUUCCUUGUGGCAAAGGAUUGAUAGUGUUCAAAGUUUGUUGGAUAUUUUACAAACUCAUCGACAUUUUUAUAAACUUAAAUAUUAUAGAGAUGUUUAAUGUCAACUCAGGUCUUAAUUAUAUAAAAUACAAACAGCAUUCCUAUGCAA